UCUGCUUUUGAUCUCCUUUAAUUACCUCUGAACCUAAAUACAUAGUUAUCUAAUUAUUUUUUUUGCGUAAAGAUUAACUAAAAAUGCAGGCUAUCAAGGAGAAAUUGAAUGAUAUGAGCGCCAUUCGCAAGGCCAAGACGGCAGCCAAGGAGGAAGAAAAGGCGGAGAAAGAAUAUGCAAAAGCAAGAAUGGAAGUGGCUCAUGAGGUGAGAAUGGCGAGAGAGAAAGAAGCAGAGAUGGAUUAUUAUGUAGCCAAAGCUGCGGAUAAAGCUGCUCAGCAUGAAGCCAAACACUGCCAUGAUGAUGCUGAACAGCCGCCACCAUCUGCCUCCGCCGACGGUGGUGAUCUGCAUGCCACCACCAGCCGCCCGCCUUCUGCCACCAUUUUGACCGCUGAAGGCAACCCGAGGUAGUCGCUGUGCAACCAGCUGCCGCAUCGUCGUCGGAUCGUAUCCCUCAAGGCCGCUAGAUUCCAUCUUUACUAAUCUUUAAUCAACUUGAAUGGUAGCUUUUGCUUACUUACUCCGUUCUUAAAUAAAUGCAACGGGUAACAUUUCACACUUGUCGAGACACAACUUUGACCAUUAAUAUAAAUGAUUUUGUUUAGUAAAAAAAAUUUAAAAAAUUAGAUUAUGAAAAUUUACAAUGAGACAAGUUUAACAAUAUUUUUUUCAUAAAAUAAUAUUAUUAUAUUAAUAAAUAAUACGUAAUCAAAGUAGAAUAUGUGAAUAUUGUAAAAGUCAAAAUGUUGCAUUUAUUUAAGAAUAUUUUAUUGUUAGGAAUCACACAUACAUUACUUCGUAUAUCAAAAUAAAACAAAAUUAUAUUGUAGAGAAAUAGGGAAAUGUGGUUGAUACAAUUAAUAUGUAGUUGACCAUUCUAAAUACUCCGUAGUUGCUAUAUAUUUGUCAAAAAUGUAGAGACUAUUUUUGGUUGAUAAAAUAGUGAUUGACGAUAUAUAUACUCCGUAUAUAUAAUCAUAUUUGUACUAUUAUAUUUCUUUCAAUAUAAUUACAUAAUUAUACAAAUUAAAGGUCUGAUUCAAGUGUGA